AGAAAGGUUAAAACUUAUCUCUGGGAGGUCGGAUCAUGCUCUUAAACUCUGUGCUGUCUAGCCUACCCGUGUACCUAAUGUCAGCUUACAAAAUCCCCAAAGGUAUUCUCUACCCUUUAGAUAAAAUACGUAGGAAUUUUUUAUGGGGUGAGACAGGGGAGGAGAAAAAAAUCAGUUGGGUUAGUUGGGAGAGGGUAUGCAUGAAUAAGGAGUGUGGAGGUCUAGGAGUGAAGGACUUGAGAAAAUUCAAUCUGGCGUUCUUGGGUAAAUGGUGGGGGCGGUUAGCAAAAAGGGAAGAGGGGUUAUGGAGGAAAGUGAUAAUAGGUAAAUAUGGGGAGAGAGGAGGGCAUUGGUUAGAUUGGGUGAGAGAUAAUAGCGGUGGAGGAUCAAUAUGGUGGAGAGACAUCCAAAAUCUCAAUGCUGGUGAUGGGGGGAAUGUUGGAUGGUUGACGGAGGGUUUUAGGAUUAAGGUUGGUGAGGGGAAUGGAGUGAGCUUCUGGUGGGAUAAGUGGUGCGGGGAGAAUUGCUUGGGUAAUAAAUUCCCUAGAUUGUACAUUUUGUCUACAGGUAAGGACAAAGAAUGCCAUCAAAUGGGAAGGGCACACAAUGGCACAUGGAAAUGGAACUUGACAUGGAGAAGACCUCUAUACCAGUGGGAAGAUAAGGCUGCAAAAGAACUUCAAAAAACGAUGGAGAAAGUGAUAAUCUCCCUAGGGAGUGCAGACAGAUGGGAGUGGAUACAGAGCACUGAUGGAGAAUACUCAACGGCAACAGCUUAUGCAAUAGUAGCAAAACAAAGGAGGGAAGCGGAGGAAGCAAAAAUGUACAAGAGAGUAUGGAAUCCUAGUCUCCCAACUAAAGUUGCGGCAUUCAAUUGGAAGGUACUACUUGAUAGAAUUCCAACCAAGCUAAAUUUGUUUAAAUGUGGAGUCAUCAAAGACGAGGAGGAAAGGAAAUGUGUUUUGUGUGAAGAGGAGGAGGAAGACUCCAAUCAUUUAUUAUUGAAUUGCAAAAUAGUUAAAUGGCUAUGGAAGGCUUGUGCAAACUGGUGGGGCAUCACAGUAGAACUACAAAAAGAAUGUUGGAAAACGUUUCAGCACUUUGGGGCUUGGACCAAAAAUUCACAGAAAAGAAAAGGGUGGGACUGCAUUUGGAAUGCAGUAAUAUGGUUUGUGUGGAUGGCACGCAACAAAAAGAUUUUUGACAAUUCAAAGGUAAACUUGAUCAAACUUUUUGAACUUAUUCGAUUAAGAUCUUUUACAUGGAUUAAAGCUAGGAAAGACAAGUGUUUUUUCAAUCUAUCAGAUUAGUUAAUUAACCCUGCUUCAUGUCUUACUAGAGUGAAGUAGGAGGGGUUUGAAAGAAGAUAGUAACACUGACGUGAUUAUUUUUGUACACUGAUGGGAUUGUUUGUUGUUCAUGUAAACGGGUUUGAGUUCCCCUUAUACUCAGGUUAGUAAUGGAAUUUUUUUUCUGUUAAAAAAAAAAUGUAAAUACC